AUGAACGAAGCGAUGCAAGAAAACUACACUACGAUUUGUGUGCAGAAGAAGAUCCCUUGGAGCUUGUUCUUAGAAGCCAACCCUUCGGUCAGUGCGGAUAAGUGCAAUGACAACCUGGACAAUGGGUUCACCUACUAUGCCGGGCCAACAUAUGGUUGGGAUCUGUUCCUUGAUCGAGACGAUUGGGAGGAGGAGCUUUGA